AUGGCCACAGGGGUGUAUAUCUCAAAGUUCCUGGCCAUAGCCAUAGUGGUGUUGACCGUCUCAUCUAUUGGUGGAAUAAUUACAAUGAUUAUUGUGUAUGAGAACGAAAGAAUCAAGACACAACCUACAGCACCACCAACACCUAAUGCCACUACUCCGUAUCCAACUGGACCACCACCCAACAUGAGACUCCCUGGAAACCUGAUUCCAGAGAGCUAUGACAUCGUACUACAGCCUCACCUCUACAUCGUGAUGAACAACACUAACAAUCAAUCUCUCAUCUUCACUGGAAACUCCACUGUGUAUUUUAGAUGUGUGGAGAACACCAAAACUAUCGUCCUUCACAGUAAAGAACAGAAUGUGACUGCUGUAAAGGUGACAGAUCUUGACAAGGGAAAGAUCAUCAAAGUUGACAACACCAUACUGUAUAGUAAUGAAAGUAACUUCUUAGAGAUUAGACUGGACAGUGUUUUAGUUGAAGAUGGGAACUACAGUCUCUUUACUGCAUUUGAGGGGGAGCUCCUUGAUGAUCUGGCUGGUUUUUACAUGAGUUCAUACAAAAAAGGGCCAAGCACAGAGGAUGACACUGAAAGGUGGUUCGGGAAUGAAACGAUCAUCGUGGAGCUUGAUGAAAGAUUCAUCGCUACUAGCCAAAUGCAACCAACCGACGCCAGGAAAGUAUUUCCUUGUUUCGAUGAGCCAGCCAUGAAGGCUACAUUUAGAGUCACUAUCAUCCAUAGGCCUGGCACGACAGCACUAGCAAAUGGGAAAGUCAUAGGUACAACCCUUGAGGAUAUCGAUGGAGAGACCUGGGAAGUCACUCGCUUUCAAACGACUAAGAAAAUGUCAACUUACCUCUUAGCUUUCACAGUGUCUGAUUUCGAAUCCAUAGGAUCUACACAUGAAAGAGUUGACAUUAAGACGUAUGCUCGACCGGAGGCCAUAAAAUCUGGACAUGCAAAGUAUGCUGCAAGUAUCACUGGAAAUAUUCUGGCGUUCUAUGAGAGUCCUGGAGUAUUUAAAAUGAAUUAUCCUUUGAGCAAGCUAGAUCAGAUUGCUCUACCAGACUUCAGCGCAGGUGCCAUGGAGAAUUGGGGCUUGGUAACAUAUCGUGAGACAGCUCUGCUAUAUGAGGAAGGGGUGUCCUCCACAUCAAACAAAGAGUGGAUUGCCACAGUUAUUGCACAUGAGCUUGCCCAUCAGUGGUUUGGAAACCUGGUGACAAUGAAAUGGUGGAAUGACCUGUGGCUGAAUGAGGGAUUUGCAACAUAUAUAUCCUAUAUGGGAGUGGAUCAUAUUGAGCCAACAUGGAACAUAAAAGAUCUGAUUGUUCUAAAUGACAUCCAGACUGUAUUUCAAGUGGAUUCAUUGGCCUCAUCCCAUCCCCUAAGCUCUAAAGAGGAUGAUGUUCAAACUUCUAGUGACAUCACUCAACUUUUCGAUUCCAUCACCUACAGCAAGGGGGCAGCUGUGCUGAGAAUGCUCGCAGAUUAUCUGGAUGAGAGGGUAUUUCUGAAUGGUCUGAGAAAAUAUCUUCAGGCUUUCCAGUACAGUAAUACUGUACACAAGGACCUGUGGGAAUAUUUACAAGAGGCGGUGGACGAGGACAGCGGCCACAUUAAAGUUGCUGAAGUCAUGGACACUUGGACAAAGCAAAUGGGCUACCCAGUCAUCACCAUCAACACCACCAAUGGGGCAGUUUCUCAAGAACAUUUCCUCCUAAAUCAAACAUCUGACUACGAUUUUGAAUGGCAUGUCCCAAUCAGAGUGAUGAAGGAAGGUGAACCCAUAAAACUAGUUACACUGGCAAAAAAAUAUCAAGUACUGAUGCCAGAUUACCUGUCUGAAGAUGGCAAGUGGGUGCUUGCCAACAUAAACUGUAUGGGAUAUUUCAGAGUCAACUAUGAUCCAGUGAAUUGGGAUAGACUGCUCUCUCAGCUGGAAAUGAAUAUUCACGAAAUUCCAGUCAUCAACCGGGGACAGCUUAUUGAUGAUGCAUUCAACUUGGCAAGGGCCAAACAUAUCAAUGUGACACUGGCUUUGAGAACUACCAAGUACCUCCGGAAUGACACAGAGUACAUACCAUGGGAAUCAGCACUCAGAAACCUGGACUAUUUCAUUCUCAUGUUUGAUCGCUCCGAGGUCUAUGGCCCAAUGCAGGCAUACUUAAGAAAGCAAGUUGGUGGCCUUUAUCAACAUUUUGAAAAUGUCACCAUGUUGUCUACGGUCCCAGAGAAGCAUUCUGCACAGUACAACCAGAUUAACGCCAUUUCAGUCGCAUGCAGCAAUGACAUUCCAGAGUGCCAAGAAAUGGCAAAAAUGCUAUUUGACAACUGGAUGACAAACAAAACUACCAAUUGUAUACACCCUAACCUGAAGGCCACCAUCUACUGCCAAGCUAUAGCUGCUGGGGGAGAGAAGGAAUGGGAAUUUGCUUGGGGCAAGUUCGAGAAUGCCGCCACAGCCACAGAGAAAGACAAACUAAGAUAUGCCCUCUCAUGCACCAGGAAGAUCUGGCUCCUGAACAGAUACCUUGAGUAUACUUUGAACCCUGACAAGAUAAGAAAAAUGGAUGCAGUUUCUACCAUCAGCUACAUAGCCAGAAAUGUGGCAGGGCAAGCAAUAGCCUGGAAUUUUGUACGCGCAAACUGGAACUACAUCAGCUUGGAGUACGGAGGAGGGAUCAUGUCACUUGGCAACCUGAUUGAUGGAGUGACACAGAGAUUUUCCACUGACUUUGAGCUUGAAGAGCUGGGACAGUUCCUGACCGACCAUGAUGUAGAAGAACUGCGUUUGGCAAUCAGGGCCCUAGAGCAAGCCACUGAGAGAACCGAGGCCAACAUUAAAUGGGUGAAGGAAAACAAGCAGACUGUUCUGGAGUGGUUUAAAAAAGAGUCAAGGCAAGAGCAGCUGAACUGAGCUGAUAGGAUGAGAACCAGAUGGACCAGAGUGCCAUGAUUUUGAACACACCCUGUAUUUGACUUGAGUCUUAGGGUGUAUUAAAUAGUCGGAUUCUGUUGCAAAAUGUUUAGUCUGUUGCAAACUGUUUACUCUAGGAAGCAAACAGAGCAAACGUAACCAAACAGGGAGGGAAACUCUUUUUUUCCUUGCAAAACAUUUUCCAUUUGGAGUAAAUGUUUUCCGUUGCAAAACAUUUUACAACAGAUCAAAUGUUUUGCAACAGAAUCCAACUAAUGAAUACACCCUUGGUUUCAUUCCAAUUAGAUCCGAAAACAGGUUUCAUAUAAUCAACAUGUAAUAUAAACCUAAAAUAAAUGUAGAUUUCAAUGUUUUUGUCACUUGUAAUUCAACAAGACGAGAAAUUAUAAUAUUUUAUUUAAACAAGUAACAUUCCACCAUUUGUUGUUUGAGACAAUAUUGUUUACACUGACAGUCACAUCCAAAGAAAACGCUUUCUCAGGUUGACAACUACAAUUAUUUUGAUAAAAGACUAUCAAACAACACAUAACUAUAGCAAUACAAUGUCUUACUGUAUGUAUUUGUAAAAAUAUGUAUUAUGUGUCAAAGUAUUGCAUAUUGCCGUUUUCCUUUUUAUUUUCUUAACAUUUUAGUCAUUUAGCAGACACUUUUAUCCAGAGCGACUUACAGUAGUAGUGAGUGCAUACAUUUCCAUACUUUUUAUUAGUUUUAAUAAAAUUGAUUGAAGUUAGAUUGGUAAAAGGACUAGAUUGAGUUUGGGCUAUUGUGUCGGGGGAGUGAGACGAAUAUUCACCAAUAAAUAUAACAUUAUUGUAUCUAAGUGUAUUAUUUCACACAAUAUGUUAGUAACGGGCUCAGAAAAAUAGUGAUACAUUAUGGUACAUACUGUAGACAAGUAAUGUAGCUAUUGAUUCAUGUUGGUAAUCCAAACAAGUUUCUGAUCUAUUUUGGAGGACGCAUGAUUUCAAAUCAACUACAAUAGUUUACUUAUUCUACUGUAGCCUAGAUCUAAGUGGCUACUUCAUACAUUUGCACAUGCAGAUAUUCUGAUUAGCAGGCAACGUUUACUACUCUACUAGUCAAAGCUAUAACUCCAUCCUUGCAUGAUCACUCUUACCCAAGUGAUGGUUUACAUUUUGGACACAUCAUUAGAACAACAACACCAUCAAAUAAAUUGCCAUUAGUUUUAUUACAAGGUUAGCCUUGUACAUAUGAUUUGUACCCUUCUAAAGACAAUUCUGCAUUUUCAAUAGAGAGAUAGUAGAGGAGUAAAGCCUGUAUGAUGAUUCCCAAAGAGAGGCUUUACACCCCAUAUCAAAGGUACCCUGCAAUACCAAGAUUUGUCAACGUCUUAUAGAAGAGUCUAUAUUACAUGCAAAAUAAAAAACAACAUA